UGCUCUGAGUUUCCUGCAGAUGCACUCGCCUGUUAUCAACAGCAUCUCUUCUCAUGCAAAAACCAAAUAGACAUCCAAACAGAGAGUGUAUGCUACUUUUCCAAACCAUACAUCUCCUCUUUAUAGCUGAUUGAACAACCAUACUAGCAUUUGGGACAUAUCCUAAGCUCUGCCUAGGUCUCCCAAUAAAAUAUUACUAAUGGUAAACUCAGCAGUGUUCCCAAUGUAACACCUGCUGCAAGAGUGGGACUAGCAUAGGACUCUCAGGGAUGAUGAUUAGUGCCUCACUGAACAUAUUUAUUUGAGCAUCUUUAGAACACUGCCUUUGGGAAAUUGUAGCAUAUCAGGGGAGUGGACAUUUCAGCAUCUCUGCAGCAACUUUUCUUUCUGUGGAUUUCAUUGUGUGCUGCUUAUGUCGUCUGACACCACUGCUUUUGUCGUCUGACACCACUACUGUCUCAGGAAGAAAACAGCUUGUCCUUCCACAUCCCCCUAAGAAGAGAGACAGGCAAGGGACACGCAGCAGGAUGCCUGAUAGUGCACUGUGUAUGGUGCAGGCUUAGCUACUUAGCAGGCUGGGCUGAGACCAGCACAUUCUGAAUCUGAGUUGUGGUCUGGGCAGAUCCAGUCCCAUAGAAUCAGAGAUCCUCUCCCACACUCGGGGAAAGGACUGCAGGCACUGGGACAGCAUGGGUCAAUCUGGCUAAGGGAUUACAGGAAAACACAGGAGACCGUUCAUUCUGUUCCAGACACGCCCUGGAGACACCAGAAGUGGAUUAUUGCAGAGGGGCAACUUUCUACCUCCGGCACUGAACCCACUCCCCUAGGUCAGGAUGGCACCUGCAGGGUGGACACUCUGUUUUUUCUGCCUCUUGCAAGUGACCUCUGGACUUUACUUUCUAAGAAAGGAUUAUUCUGAGAAUUUAUAUAUGGAUCAACCAGCUGGGACACUACUCCUACAGGUCCAUGUGAUGAAGGACUCACCACUGGAAAAACCUCACUUUUGCCAAAAUAUCUACUUGAGUAGAUUGGUUCAUUGGUUCCGGAUAGAUGAGCAUACAGGAAUCCUCUACCUCAAUCGGAGUCUUGACAGGAGUGUCUAUGAAGUCUUCUCACAAGGAAGUCAAUCAUCCAUUCAGAAGAUCACUCUGAAGGUGUCAAUUAAGCCACAGCCAUUUCUAGAUAAGGACUGUGAUAAUGCACCCUUCAUUUUGGUUUAUCUUUACUUUAUAAACCAUACAUCCCCCAUCUGUUCCUCACUUAAACCAAAGGAUCUGUGCUUCAAUGACAAAGAUCUCUCAUUCCAUAUAAAGGAAAACAAACCACCUGGAAAACUGUACAAAUUUCAUCCCCGGCCUAUUGUACAGUCCUGUCCAAAUGUCAGUGUGAGUUACAUGCUAAUUUCAGACCACAGCUACCCAUUCAGGUUCAAUCCCAACACCUCUGAAGUGAGCCUUAAGCAUUCCGUGGACCGUGAGGAGAGGGAGAAUUAUGAUCUUGUGGCAAAAUGCUUGCUGAGGGAUGCAUCCUCAGAGGUGGAGGUAGAGCAAUCUUUUCAGAUCAAAGUGGACGAUGAGGAUGACACAGCCCCAUUUCUUCCGAACGGAACAGACACUGCGAAUGUGAUGGUGGAAUAUAAAAGAAAGAAUGGGACCAUCCUUGGCAUGCUGACAGUGUGGGAUGCUGACUCCACACCUGUGUUUCCUGCAGAUGUCAGUUCUAAAAAAUACACAAAGACCAUUGUCAGUAAAGACCGGUUCAUUCUGGAAAACUUCCGGGUGGAACACAGCUUUAAGGAGGUGAAAUUCCAGCCAAAAGGAAACUUAAUACGCGGAACGCUUCAUGAGUACAGGUUAGUUCUGAACAAGAGCAUUCCUAUUACCAGAAACGGAUCUCUGCUUGUUAGUGUUCUGGUGAAUGACACUGAAUUUCAUGGACCAAAUGGAGACAUGAUGUUGUACUUCAAUGUGACAAUCUUACCAGUGGAAAUUAGAUUCCCAAACAUCUCAUACCAGUAUAUUGUCAACCGAAAUGCAGACCGCUAUGCUCAGAUUGAAAAAAUCUGCAUAGAAAAUUGCAAGCUUUUUGAAGGCAUCAACCUUAACUACAGACUGCAAACAGAAAAUAACACUCUUGCCGUUGCCAUUAUUCAAGGAAGAGAGAGCACAUUUGCAACUCUUAUUGUCAAUGACUCUGAUGCUCUGGCAACCCAUGAGAGCAAGGAAAUAGUCUGCACUGUAUUUGCCACAAACAAGCACCUGAAGGAACCAGCGAAGACACAGAUCAUUAUAGUGUUAGAUGGAACACCUAUGCAAGAUGAAGAUUAUUGUCUCCGAUCAUGUUCUGAGAGUAGGCAAAAGUCUGAAUGUGAGGAGUGUGGGGGAUUUGGCUCCCUUACGGGAAGGUGCCAAUGGAGACAAGGGCAUGGAGAUGGAAUCACAACAAACUAUUCUACCUGCACGCCUAGCCUUCAGACCUGCCCUGAUGGAAUCUGUGAUGCUGUGGAGAGCAAUAAUUCAGCAAUAUGUCCCCAAGACUGCACCAAGAUAACUAUCAUUGGUGGGCAUGAAAAAGGACCUCUCAUGGGGAUAAAAGCUGGAUAUGGCACCUGUUUUUGCCUUCUGCCUGAUAAAUGCUUCUGUGAAAAGAAUAUUGUUGAAGGACCACUCUGUGAUGACACCUGCAAGACUGUGAUUGCAUGUGGGGUCUUCCUGUCCUUCAUAAUCUCUGUUCUACUUUCUUCAUACUUCAUUCAUCGCUACCAUAAAAACUCUCCAAAACCCCCAAUUGCUUCUGCUGAAAUGACCUUCCGCCGCCCUGCCCAGUCUUAUCCAGUGAGCUACUCUACCAAUGCCAGACGCCCAUCUCUAGACUCCAUGGAUAAUCAGGUGUCAGUGGAUACAUUUAAAAUACCGGAGGAUCCAAAGUGGGAAUUCCCACGUAAAAACCUGGUCUUGGGGAAGACCCUUGGUGAAGGAGAGUUUGGAAAAGUUGUAAAGGCAACUGCAUUUAGACUGAAGGGUAAAGCUGGUUACACUACAGUGGCGGUAAAAAUGCUGAAAGAGAAUGCAUCCCAGAGUGAGCUGCGAGAUCUUCUGUCAGAGUUCAAUCUCCUGAAACAGGUCAAUCAUCCUCAUGUGAUCAAACUUUAUGGGGCUUGUACACAGGAUGGUCCUUUGCACCUCAUUGUAGAAUAUGCAAAGUAUGGCUCCCUGCGCAAUUUUCUAAGGGAAAGUCGCAAAGUAGGGCCUAGCUCUUUGGGAGGAGAUUCAAAUCGUAACUCCAGCUACCUGGAUAACCCAGAUGAAAGGGCACUUACAAUGGGGGAUCUAAUCUCAUUUGCUUGGCAGAUAUCCAGGGGAAUGCAGUAUCUAGCAGAAAUGAAGCUUGUCCAUCGAGACUUGGCAGCCCGAAAUGUGUUGGUCGCAGAAGGACGUAAAAUGAAAAUCUCAGAUUUUGGUCUUUCCAGAGAUGUCUAUGAAGAAGAUUCCUAUGUAAAGAGAAGCAAGGGUAGAAUACCUGUAAAAUGGAUGGCUAUUGAAUCCCUCUUUGAUCACAUCUAUACAACACAAAGUGAUGUAUGGUCUUUUGGAGUGCUCCUGUGGGAGAUUGUCACCUUGGGAGGAAAUCCAUAUCCAGGAAUUGCUCCAGAGAGGCUCUUUAAUCUCCUAAAAACUGGAUAUAGAAUGGAAAAACCAGAGAACUGCAGUGAUGAAAUGUAUAAUCUUAUGCUUAAGUGCUGGAAACAGGAGCAAGACAAGAGACCAUUAUUUGGUGAAAUCAGUAAGGAACUGGAGAAGAUGAUGGUGAAAAGCAGGGAUUAUUUGGACUUGGCUGCAUCCACUCCAGCUGACUCCUUGCUGUAUGACGAUGGUCUUUCAGAAGAGGAGACCCCCCUGGUGGACUGUAAUAAUGCCCCACUUCCCCGAACUCUCCCUUCUACCUGGAUAGAAAACAAACUCUAUGGCAUGUCCUAUCCGAACUGGUCUGAAGAAAGCCCUGUUCCAAUCCCGAGAUUCGAUGCCAAUAAGUCUGUUUUUUCAAGAUAUGCCAAUGACUGUGUUUAUGCUAAUUGGAUGAUUCCACCCUCAACGGCAAAAUUUAUGGAGAAGUUUGAUAGCUAAAAUGCAUUUUUAUCCCCAGAAGGUAACAAUAAUGAUUGGGGGAGAUAUGAAAACACGCAAAGAAUGAAUGGAAAGUCCAUUGGCUGGUUCUUUGUGCCAGUGAAGUGGUUAAAUCAACGUUGCUUUUGUGUGUCAAUUUGCGCCAAUUUUUCUUGGCUUGAUCUAUCUCAAACUGCUGGAGGGGGCUGCCUCAACUUUCUUCAGCAUACAAUAUGUUGCCACCCCUGCAGUAGUGGAAGGGGUCUGUCUAAUUUCUCCAAAGCAUAUCAAGUCUGUAAUCCAAAACUCAGUAGAAACUUUUGUAUAUGCUGUUGUUGCACAAAUACUAUGUAUUCAGUACACUCUUGUACGUGUUGCUGUAAAAAAAAAAGUCAACUUUUUUCCUUUAAAUCAUGUGUUAAUUUAAAAUUUUAUUUUAAGAUGUACAUUGUUCUUAUUGUUAAGUAAUUAUUUUGGAACGAUUAGCAGCAGAGACAGCUAAUUCUUCAAAAAUAUUUGUUGGAAUUCCCAAAAUUGUGCAUAUUUGUAUACAGAUAUUAGUGUUAUAUAUUAAAUCUGCCUCCUUUCAUUAUGUAAUGCAUCAGAAUCACAAUCUCAAAUAUGUGCUACAGUAAAUACUCAACUAUGAGCGAGGACAAAGGGGUAGAACUAAACUGACUUUUCUCCGUCAAGAGAGAAACUCUCCUUAGGGAAACUAGCCAAGCAAUGUGAUAUAUGACAACAAUUUAAUGAGGAUAUAUAGAUCAUGGUUUCUUAACCUGUUUCUUGAGGUCCUAGAUUAAGUUUGGGAAUCAGUCUUGGGAACCCAAAUAGCUUCUGAAUCUGUUAUGCAUCUCAUUUUGUUUCUUCUUUUUAAUUAUAAGUGGCAAUUAAUUGCAUUUAAGAGGAUCAAGAGGACCCACCCUAAGCAGCAUGGGGACCCAUAGGUGUAUAGGGCUAUAGAGUAUGUGUGUUUAAAUUCAUGCAAUCUUCGAAUCUUAAUUCCGUCACUGGUGGUGAUGCUGCACUAAGAAAGCCAUUCCUAGUGCUAUUGCAAGCAAAUGGUUACAAGUACAAUUUUAUUGAAGGAGAGGUGUUAAAAAUAAUUUUAAUUACAAACAAACCAAAAAAAAUCAAGUUUAAGUAUUUUUUCUUCUCACGUUAAUUUUUAUAUGUAUUUUUUUAGUACAGAAAAUGUAUAUUUUGUAUGUUGUUUUUCACCCCCCAAAAGAUUUCUGCAUUAAUGAAAGGUUUGGUGCUCAUGGUAAAACCUGCUGAAAUAUUAUUAAUAUGAUCAUGUGUGGUGGGAGAAUGUUAUGAGCUUGUUAUUUUGAAAAUUCAGAAUUAUUACCCCAGUGAAUGCAGAUACUUAUUUGUCAGAUUGAAAGUCACAGAGCACUUAGCAAAGAUCUAUAUCUAUUAUCAAGUCUGGUCCCAGAUGCAUGUAAGUUGCAUCUUAGCAAAUAGUCAAAGAAACCUACUAAUAUCUCCAAGGCAUAAAUAUCAAACUUCUAGCUCUUAGCUUGCUUUUAGAUUAUGAUAUUUAGCCUAUAGACCCCCCAUUUUCUUAUCAAGCAGUCAGAAAGGUUUACAUCCAAAUAUAAAGGCACUUAAAACAGUGUUUAUAAUCAUAAAUGAACCAUUGGCCUCUUAGUUGAUCUUUCUAGUUCCUAAUUAGAAUUCCAACAAUUUGCUAGGAUCUGGGACACUGCAUAAAUGUGCCUGUUGAUUUAGAUUUAGUUUCUAAAGUGGAGUGUUCAAUUCCUUAAAUAUAAAAAAGGAAAAAAAAAUGGCAGAAAACUCUCCAAAUUUGAAAGGAACAAGAGCAUAUUUUUUUGCCCUAGAAAGGUUUUUUCAUACUUGUGCAUCUCAUCUCAGUUGUUACCAUCAUAUGCUCUGUAAAAAACGAAAAAUUAAAAAAGAAAAUAAUGAUAAAACAAAAAAAAUUUGUAUUUGCUCAUAUAGUGUUCAUUAGUUAUAACAUUUAGGAGCUGUAUUACAAUACAUUAAUUCUGCAAAUAGAAGCCAUGCCAAAGAUGUAAUUUGUUUAACUCUUCAGUAUCAAUUACUUCUGUCACUAAAUGUGUUUAAUCAUUAUCAGUUUAUUGUGUUCUGUAAUGUUCAUAGAACAUAAAAGUCAGUUCACCUACCUUUAGUUGCAUAUAGAUUGUUCUUGUUCAUGUCAGUGAGAGUGCCACAUACAGUAAACGAUAUACUUAUUUUCCUAUA